AUGCAAAAUAAAAUAUUACAUAAUGUCGGACCUCGGUUAAAUAGCAGGGCGCUCAUUGCUCCUGCUCGGUACAGUCGUAUUGGUUUAAAAAAUACGAAAAGCCUAAGAAUAAGUGAAGUUCUCAAAUCAUAUGGCAUUGUUGCACGAUUCUCUUCAAAUGGUGUAAAUCCAAAGUCAUCAAAAGCAGUGGGCUAUUGGUUACUUGGCUGUAGUGGAAUGGUGUUCACAGCCGUUGUGUUAGGGGGCGUUACCCGUUUAACUGAAUCGGGGUUGUCAAUGGUGACUUGGAAGCUCCUUGGCGAAAAGCUCCCGACCAGCGAGUUGGAGUGGCAACAGGAGUUCGAGAAAUACAAACAGUAUCCAGAGUAUAAAUACAAGAACCAGCACAUGACGCUGUCGGAGUUCAAGUGGAUCUGGUGGAUGGAGUACGCUCACCGCACGUGGGGCCGCUGCAUCGGCGCGGCGGUCUUCCUGCCGGCCGCCUACUUCUGGAUGCGGGGCAGGCUGGAGGCCGCGAUGAAGAAGCGCGUCUCCGUCUACUGCCUCCUCGUCGCCGCUCAGGGUCUGAUGGGCUGGUACAUGGUGAAGUCGGGCCUGGAGGACCGCUUCCAGGGUCCGUCUGACGUGCCCAGGGUGUCCCAGUACCGGCUGGCUGCACACCUCAGCCUGGCCUUCCUGCUCUACUCGGGCCUGCUGAGUGGAGCCCUAAGGGUGCUGCGCCCCUUCCCGGUCUCAGGCGCUCUGCAGACCAUCAAGCAGCUGAAGGACGUCACGGCCUUGGCGCACACAGUUAAAGCGAUGGCUUUCAUCACAGCGGUGUCCGGAGCUUUCGUGGCCGGUCUGGACGCGGGGCUGGUGUACAACUCGUUCCCGAAGAUGGGCGACGACUGGAUCCCGGACGACGUGUUGAGUCUGACGCCGCUCCUGACCAACCUCACCGAGAACCCGACCACCGUGCAGCUGGAUCACAGAGCGCUGGGCACCAUGACGCUGGCGGCGGCGAGCGCGCUGUGGCUGGUGGCGCGCCGCCGGCCGCUCUCCCGGCCCGCCGCGCGCCUGGCGCUCGCCCUCGGCGCCAUGGCCUGGCUGCAGGUGGGGCUGGGCAUAGCCACGCUGCUGCACUACGUGCCCACCCCCCUGGCCGCCAGCCACCAGUCCGGCUCCCUGGUGCUGCUGACCCUCGCCAUCUGGCUCACCCACGAGAUCAAACUCCUCAAGUACAUACCCAAG